AUGCCACCCAACCACAGCCAGCCACAGCCCACUGCGGCCAGGAUGCCACCCAACCACAGCCAGCCACAGCCCACUGCGGCCAGGAUGCCACCCAACCACAGCCAGCCACAGCCCACAGCGGCCAGGAUGCCACCCAACCACAGUCAGCCACAGCCCACUGCGGCCAGGAUGCCACCCAACCACAGCCAGCCACAGCCCACAGCGGCCAGGAUGCCACCCAACCACAGCCAGCCACAGCCCACUGCGGCCAGGAUGCCACCCAACCACAGUCAGCCACAGCCCACUGCGGCCAGGAUGCCACCCAACCACAGCCAGCCACAGCCCACAGCGGCCAGGAUGCCACCCAACCACAGCCAUGCCCGCCACAGCCACGCCCGCCACAGCCCACAGCGGCCAGGAUGCCACCCAACCACAGCCAGCCACAGCCCACUGCGGCCAGGAUGCCACCCAACCACAGCCAUGCCCGCCACAGCCACGCCCGCCACAGCCCACAGCGGCCAGGAUGCCACCCAACCACAGCCAGCCACAGCCACGCCCGCCAUAGCCCACAGCGGCCAGGAUGCCACCCAACCACAGCCAGCCACAGCCCACUGCGGCCAGGAUGCCACCCAACCACAGCCAGCCACAGCCCACUGCGGCCAGGAUGCCACCCAACCACAGCCAGCCACAGCCCACAGCGGCCAGGAUGCCACCCAACCACAGCCAGCCACAGCCCACUGCGGCCAGGAUGCCACCCAACCACAGCCAACCACAGCCCACUGCAGCCAGGAUGCCACCCAACCACAGUCAGCCACAGCCCACAGCGGCCAGGAUGCCACCCAACCACAGCCAGCCACAGCCCACAGCGGCCAGGAUGCCACCCAACCACAGCCAGCCACAGCCCACAGCGCCCAGGAUGCCACCCAACCACAGCCAUGCCCGCCACAGCCACGCCCGCCACAGCCCACAGCGGCCAGGAUGCCACCCAACCACAGCCAGCCACACCCCACAGCGCCCAGGAUGCCACCCAACCACAGCCAGCCACAGCCCACUGCGGCCAGGAUGCCACCCAACCACAGUCAGCCACAGCCCACAGCGGCCAGGAUGCCACCCAACCACAGCCAGCCACAGCCCACUGCGGCCAGGAUGCCACCCAACCACAGCCAGCCACAGCCCACUGCGGCCAGGAUGCCACCCAACCACAGCCAGCCACGCCCGCCACAGCCCACAGCGGCCAGGAUGCCACCCAACCUACAGCCAGCCACAGCCCACAGCGCCCAGGAUGCCACCCAACCUACAGCCAGCCACAGCCCACUGCGGCCAGGAUGCCACCCAACCACAGCCAGCCACAGCCCACUGCGGCCAGGAUGCCACCCAACCACAGCCAGCCACGCCCACAGCGGCCAGGAUGCCACCCAACCACAGCCGGCAGCGUGUCUGAGUGCGGACAGCUCUGGUCUUGGCCAGUGCUGGACACAAGAGAAGCUGGCUGGUCACUGGUGGAAGGGUGGAGGGUGUCCAGGGCCGGAGCAGGGUGGGGGGCCGUCCCCUCCUCUGCUCCUCCACCCCACGGUCCUCAUGGCCCAUGGAUCCAGUCUGAGGCGGGGGUCCCCAGGGUCUUCCUUGGGACCUCAGGUUCCUCUACAGCCAGGGUGUCAAGGCCGGGAUGCCCAGUGA